AUGUUUCUAUACAGGGCACAAAAUUACAGUAACGAAGACUCAGGGAAAAUAUACUGCACAUAUGAUGUCCAACUUGCAUUUAUUCUCUCCUCCUUUGUGAUCUUCUUUGGCGGACUCUUCAUCUUAUUCAUUUCCAGGAUAUUGUGGAGGUUCACAAGAAGAUGGCACAACAUCAAAGGGACAGGAGUUUUAUUGGAAUUUAUCCUAUCAAAAUUCAUGGACCAAGGCAAUUUCAAUACUCUUCACAUCCAGGGAGUAUUUCAUGAUCAUAUAGAAAUGCUGCUUUCAGCACAGACCUUCGUGGGUCAAGUUUUGAUGAUCCUUGUCUUUUUACUAAGCAUUGGAUCUCUCGUAAUCUAUUUCAUCAACUCUUCAGAUCCUGUUGCAAGCUGUUCUACAUAUGAUGAUGAAACUAUUCCUAUUGAUUUGAUGUUCAAUGGUUUCUUUAGUUUCUAUUUUGGAUUGCGAUUUGUGGCAGCUGAUGACAAGAUCAAGUUUUGGGCAGAAAUGAAUUCAGUUGUAGACAUCUUUACCAUUCCACCAACCUUUAUUUCCUAUUAUUUAAAGAGUAAUUGGCUAGGUUUAAGAUUCUUAAGAUCACUGCGACUGCUAGAACUCCCUCAAAUUCUGCAAAUUCUGGGGGCUAUAAAAACCAGCAACUCAGUGAAGUUUUCUAAGCUGCUAGCUAUAAUUCUCAGUACCUGCUUCACUGCUGCAGGAUUCAUACACUUGGUAGAAAACUUUGGUGAUCCCUGGCUCAAAGGUAGAAAUUCACAGACGCUAUCAUAUUUUGAGUGUGUGUACAUGAUUGUUGCAACAACCACAACAGUUGGCUAUGGAGAUGUAGUAGCCAAAACAUCUCUAGGACGGAUGUUCAUUAUAUUCUUCACCCUGGGAAGCUUGGUCCUAUUUGCGAAUUAUGUUCCUGAAAUGGUAGAGAUUUUAGCCAACAGGAGGAAAUAUACCAGGUCCUAUGAAGUUCUUAAAGGGAAGAAGUUCAUUGUGGUCUGUGGGAACAUCACUGUCGAGAGUGUGGCUGCCUUCCUGGGGAAUUUUCUUCGUCUAAAGUCUGGGCAGAUCAGCACUGAAAUUGUGUUUCUGGGAGAAGUUUCUCCUUCCUUGGAAUUAGAAGCUAUAUUUAAGUGCUACUUGGCUUAUACAACUUUUGUUUCUGGAUCUGCAUUGAAAAGAGAAGAUCUAAAGAGAGUUUCAGUGGAGGCCGCAGAAGCAUGCUUGAUCAUAGCCAAUCCUCUGUGCAGGGAUACACAUGAAGAAGACAAUACAAAUAUCAUGAGGGUGCUCUCUAUCAAGAACUAUUUCCCUAAAACCAGAAUCAUCAUACAGAUACUUCAUUCUCAUAACAAGAGUUUUCUGUCAAAGAUUCCCACCUGGAACUGGAACAAUGGUGACAAUAUCAUCUGUUUUGCUGAACUAAAGCUUGGAUUUAUCGCCCAAGGUUGUUUGGUGCCAGGAUUGUGCACUCUUUUGACAUCCCUAUUUAUUAAGCAAAGUACAAAGGUAACUCUGAAACAUCACUGGCAAAAUUACUUCUUUAACGGCAUGCAUAACACGAUCUUGACGCAACGUCUGUCUGAUGAUUUUGCCGGAAUGAGUUUUCCUGAAGUUUGCCGGAUCUGCUUUGUAAAGAUGCACAUAGUUCUGAUAGCCAUCGAACACAAAUCCCUCUUUUAUGGACCCAGUUACUGUAAUUUUUUUGUUUCUAGUCGCCUGAUGUUAAAUCCACCUGCACAAGUUAAGCUGCGUAAGAACACAUUAGGAUUCUUUAUUGCUGAAUCUGCAAGGGAAGUGAGAAGAGCCUAUUUGUAUUGUACCAACUGUCACAAAGAUGUGUUUACUCCAGAUAUGAUUGAUAAAUGUAACUGCAAAGUCAGAAGCCAAAGACUAGUUUUUUCAGGCUCAACUUUACAGAUACCAAGAUCCAGGAUGAAUGCCUCCACUGCUUCCACACAGGAGUCUUUUCAAGUGAUAGUGUCAAGUAAGAGUAAAGAAAUCAAGCCAGCUAUCAGGCAUUUUCAAAGUGAAGCGAACAGCAUGCUUGAUGGCACCGGCAUGUUUCACUGGUGCAAAGCGGUCCCUGUGGAAAAUGUGAUUCUGAAACGAACUGAGAAGUCCAGACAUGAUUUUCAGAACCAUAUUGUAGUCUGUGUCUUUGGAGAUGCACAAUCAACACUGAUAGGACUUCAGAAUUUUGUAAUACCCUUGAGAGCUAGCAACUAUACCCGGCAAGAAUUAAAGGACAUAGUAUUCAUUGGCUCACUGGAUUAUCUGCAGAGAGAAUGGAGAUUUCUUCGAAAUUUUCCCAAACUAUACAUUAUGCCUGGUUCUGCACUCUAUACUGGAGACCUCCAUGCAGUCAACAUAGAGGAAUGUUCCAUGUGUGUUGUCUUAUCUUCCCCAUCCAAAUUGUCACACAGCUCGACUUUGAUGGACACAGAGAAUAUCAUGGCUACCCUCAAUAUCAGAUCACUGAAGAUUUUUUAUUCUUUCCCGAAAACCAUUGACCGAUUGUCUCCACGAUUGACAAAGAAGUUAAGAUUCAGAAGAGUUCCCACCCUUACUGAACUGAAAAAUCCUGCCAAUAUCCACUUUAUUGAACAGCUGAGUGGAAUGGAAGGACCCUUUCCAGGGACAAACCUGCAUCUCAGCACGGCCUUUGCCACAGGCACUGUCUUCUCUGGCAACUUCUUGGAUUCUCUACUGGCUACAGCCUUCUACAACUAUCACGUUCUGGAAUUACUUGAAAUGUUGGUGACAGGAGGAAUCAGUUCUCAGAUGCAAUCACAUUUUUUUGAUAAGGAUAAGGAAAAGUUCCAGGGGCCAGUCCAAAGUAGUACAAUUCUGACUGGAAGAAUGAGGUGUAAGCUGGGGCUCCUGCCCUUGGAAGAAACCAUUCUAGCAGACGUUCAUCCAAGAAACUUGUUUGGACAAUUAUUCUGUGGCUCAUUAGAUAUGUUUGGAAUUAUGUGCAUUGGCCUAUACCGCCUAAUGGAUGAAGACGAUGAUCAAAAAGAUGAUCGCAGGUUUGUGAUCACCCGACCCCCCAACGACUUUAGUCUGCUACCUUCGGAUUUUGUGUUCUGUGCCAUUCCUUUCAGUGUUGCCACAAAGAAGCAACAAGACUCUGCUAGUCUAUAUGAAUAUCCAAGUUCAAUAGCAAAAUCAGUAGACUUGGAAAAUCCAUAUUCCAGAAUGACUUUCAUUGAGGGGAAAUUUGUAAAGAACUUUGAGAAGAGAGUUGAAGAAGUCCUUCUGAUCGAGGCCCAGUCCAUGGAUGGUGUGAGGCCGGUCGUGACCCCCAGCACACCGGGCCUUGGUCUUCCCAGAGUCAGAUUGCUUGGGAAUGCAGCCUAA